AUGGCAGAGCCUGCUCCCCUUGAGGUCGACCCGACGCUUGGAGACAGAGAUUCGGCGAUUGGCGAUGAUGUGCAGAGCUACACGACAUCUCUAACGUCCACUGUCGAGGAUUACCCAUGGAUGCAUGGUCGCCGUUUCAACGCAUACCGGGAAGGGAGCUACCUAUUCCCGAACGAUGAGCAGGAACAGGACCGCCAGGACAUGGUGCACGAGCUCACAAGGGUGACCAUGGACUGCAAGCUCUUCUUCGCUCCUAUCAAGCCUAAGCGUGUGUUGGACAUCGGGACAGGCACUGGUAGCUGGGCUCUAGCCAUGGGCGACCUAUACCCCGAAGUAGAAAUAAUCGGAAACGACUUGGCGCCCAUCCAACCCAGAUGGGUUCCAGCAAACGUAACCUUCGAAGUCGACGAUGUCGAAAGUGACUGGCCCUCCCGGCCCCCCUUCGACUUCAUCCACUCCCGCUGCAUGGGCGGCAGCAUCAAAGACUGGCCCGCGCUGAUCAAGCGCUCUUACGACAACCUAGCCCCCCACGGCUACGCCGAAUUCCAAGACUGGGACCUCCUGCCCUACGCGACCGACGGUUCCUGCCCACCUGACCACCACGUCCUGCAGCUGAACCGGCUCGUCGUGGACGGAUGCGCGCGGGUCGGACGCACGGGGAGGCCGGGGCCGCGCCUGGAGGACUGGGUCAAGGAGGCGGGGUUCGUGGACGUGCGGGCGGAGCGCAGAAUCAUUCCGCUGGGGGUGUGGCCUAAAGAUCCGACAUACAAAAAAGUCGGCGCCCUCAACUUCAUGCAGUAUAUGGAGGGGUUGGAGGCGUUUACGGUGGGGCCAUUCACUCAGGUGCUGGGGUGGUCGAUCGAUGAGGUGCAUGCGUUUGUGGCGCGUGUGCGGAAGGAUAUGACGCGCAAGGAUGUGCAUUUGCAGUUUUCAUUUUAUAUUGUUUAUGGGCAAAAGCCUGGGGCUUGA